AUGGUUGUUCGGACGCUGUCAGACCUCCGCAAGGAGGAUGAACAGCGUAGUCGUGAUAUGGAAACGGGUGAGGGUUCUCCCCUGCUGAGAGCUGAAACGCGCAGUACCGAUAGUAACUUGACCAGUGGGGACUCCAGUUCUGUGCGCCGAACGACGGCGCUGAGGGUGCUCGAAUUGCUCUUUCCCUACUUCAGGCUACGCUCCUUGCUGCUUCUUAUAUCAAUAGCGGACUGGGCAGUGUUUAUUACGACGCUUGCCAUCGACUCAGAGAUGCCUCUCGUCCCGUCAACCGCGAUUUUGGUUACCUUCGGAGCUAAUGUACCCCCUUUGGUGGCUAAGGGCCAGGUUUGGAGGCUGCUAACGGCAACUUUCCUGCACGCCAAUCUCCUGCACGUGGCCUUCAAUGUUUUUUUCCAGAUGCGGAUGGGUUUCGGCAUCGAGAGACGUUAUGGCUACCUUAAGUUUGCUUUGCUAUACGCCGCCUCCGCUGUGUACGGCAACCUCCUCUCCGCUGCGGCUCUUUUCUGUGGAGCCGUGAAAGUCGGCGCCAGCACUGCAGGCAAGCCUUCAGUCUCCAUACCGAGCCACUGA